AGUCACAUGACAGGCGUGUAGACAUUAUGGAGCUCUUUCUCUGUCAAACUUUAAUCCGAUUAAACUUUUAGACUGCAAAAGCGAUGGACAAAGCUGGAUUUUUGACGGCUUCUGAUGUCAAGUGAUAUGUCAGCUAAAGCCCUGCGUCAUGUCUGUGGAUGGCCCCCGGACCUCUGUUUUCACCUUCCAGUCCGCUGUUCACAGUCAUCAUGUUCUGCGCUCGCUGGAGGAGCUCAGACAGAAGGAGCUCUUGUGUGAUGUGACGGUUGAAGUGGAGCGCAGGAGCUUUCGAGCACACUCUUCUGUGCUGGCUUCCUGCAGCCACUAUUUUUACACCAGACUGACAAACCACAGCCAAGCAAACCCCACUGUCAGCUUGCCGGAUGAGGUCACGGUGGAUGGAUUUGAGCCUCUUCUGCAGUUCGCCUACACUGCGAAACUUCACUUUACAAAAGAAAACAUCCUGGAGAUCCAACGGUGUGCCCGAGUUCUUGGAUUUCAAAACCUUGAUGAAGCCUGCUUUGAAUUCCUCGUCCCCAGGUUUUCUGAUAGAGGUGGAACCUCCAAAAAAGGGAACGGCAAAAGCAAGAGCCAGGCAUGUCUUGAGAAAUCCCUAGCCAUCACCAAUCCUAAUGAUCAAAACCCUGAAACUGGAGAUCACAUACCUCGGGAUGCAGGAAGUGUCAUGCCAGCUGCACCUCCAUCAUCCUCUGUAGAAAGUCCAAAAGAAUGUCCUACCAUCUCAAAUGAGAAAGACAUGCAGUUAGAUUUAUGCACACUCUACGCAAGACCUUCUUCAUACCACAUGAGUAAUGGCCAAGACCAGUUUUGCUUGCAGAACUGUGGCCCUCAGUUGCCUUCCUCUUCAAUGGCUCCUGGACAAGUUUGUCCAUUCCUGUCCGUUUCAACCACCAAUGACAACGAGAAACUACCAUCAGCUGCAGCUCCCUGUGGUGGUGGGGACAUUUUAGCAAUGGAGGAGGAAUUCCAGAAGGAACUAGCUAUGGACGUCCAUUGUGAAACAUGUACUGAUAGCAUAGCCAACAUAACCGCAAGCCACUUUGACCAAGAAGAAGGAUCUUUAAUGCCAUCCUCCAACUGCAGCCAACUCUGUCCUCUGAAUUCUGCAGAAUCCACUGAGGUUUUGGAUGGGAUUUCUAGUUCUCCAGACCUCGGUGGCAUUGGCACCAACAACAAUGAAGCAUUUGAGACCAAUGAACAGACGUUUUCUGAACUGACUCCUAAAGAUAGCAACAAUGAACGAAGCACAGUGGAAAGGGAAGUGGCUGAACAUCUUGCGAAAGGUUUUUGGCCGGAUUUGAGUUCCUCUUUGAAUGAGCCCCUGCCGUUGGAGUCCAUUGACCAGGCGUCUGCAGGAAACGGCUCAGACUUCCACUGGUUGAAGCAUCUGGAUCUGGGAGCUGCGCCCGAUGAUUGUCCUUUCCUAAGAGAUCUGAGCUCCAACAACAGACAGGAUUCUGCAGGGGAUGCUCUGUCCAAAGAGGACACCGGAGACAGUGCCUGCAUGUCCCCCAUUAACUCCAGGGAAAACUCUGAGUGUGAAUCGGAUGGAGACUGUGGACAGUGUGACAGCAGUGAACAAGCACAGGAGGAGGUGGAUUUGCCUUUCCCUGUGGAGCAGAUUUCCAGCAUGACCCGGAGAGCGUUCCUGCAGAUGUUGAAACGCGAGCAGCUGACCCCAGAACAGCUGGAGUUUGUUCAAGAUGUGAGACGGCGCAGUAAGAAUCGCGUGGCUGCACAGCGCUGUCGCAAGAGGAAGUUAGACUGCAUUUACCGUCUGGAAGGAGACAUCAAGAAACUGAAAUGCGAAAGGGAGAAAUUGCUGCAAGACCACAACCAGCUGAAGUUCAGCAUGGAGGACUUGCGUCAGAAGCUGUCAGGUCUGUGCCAGAGUCUCAGCCUUGACUCUUCACCGCAGUCCGAGCAACUGCAAGCACUGGUCAGGUACGUCUCCUCCGACUGUCCCACAUCCAUCCUCCUCACCCCCAUGGCCUCCCCGAGCCUGGCUGGCCCAGACCGGGACGCCCAAACAAACGCCUCCCUGGACGCCUUUCUUGCAGAAACUUGUCCUGAAGGAGACGCCGUAGCACUCAGGUCUCCCUCUGCCUUCCUGGAAGAGCACGAUCAGAGCACUGUUACAGAUCCUGCUCCAUGACGUACAAACAUAGCAAAGCAGCCUGAGAUUGGUCUGGGAUUGGUUGUUACUCAGGAGCUUACCUUUCUGCUGCCGCCAGUUACACUUUUAAGAGCAUGAAUUUCUUAAUAGGUGCACUUUCGUAAUGUUUCUAAAGUAUGGAUGCGACUCAAUUUUGCACUACUACUAGGAGUUUGUAUGGAAAUGCUACUAUGCCUUUCGCUCCUUGUUUGCUGUUACUUUGUAUAUUAGGGUUUGUCACGAUACUGGGAUUUGGUACCAAUCGAUACAGAAAUUUAAAAAAUGUUAAAAAUUUCCUGAGUACAUUCUUAAACAUCGCGGAUUUGCCAUUGUGUUCACGUGCUCAACAGAAAUGACUGUGAUUGACUGUGAAGGUCAUUCGUCUGCGAAUCACUCGUAUGUCAGCUUAUAAACAAACCAGCUGAUCGACGUGGCUUUGAAACACUCCAAUAUGCCUAUAUCUGUGGUGACACUCAGUAAACAGCUGUGAGUUCGGUGAACUGAUGGCCUUCACUUGAACACUUGAACACAAUGGCAAAUCAGCAGUGUUUAAGAACGUGCUGAGCAGUGGUCAAUUGUUCAUGAGAAAUUUGUUUUUAAAAUUUCAGUAUCGAUUGGUUUUGAAUUCCAGUACCGAAUUCCAGUAUACCCAAUCGUAUAUUAGGUCAUUCCUUUUAUGUUGGACAUUUUCAACUCUCUUUGGCUUUAUCCAAAUGUGAUGUUUCUGUCAUUAAUUACUCACCUAUAUGUCGUUCCAAAUCUUUGCUCCUCUUCAGAACAAAAUUUAUGAUAUUUUAAAUCUGAGAGCUCUUUGACUCUUCAUAGAUAAAGGGUUCCCAUACUUUCAUGAGCAGCAGAUUCAGGGAUCUUUUCAAAGCACCAUUAAUUUUAAAUCAAGCACCUUUGUAAUUCGUACCCUCACAUAAGUAGCACAAUGAAAGUCCUUACUGUACUUAACAUUUCACUUGCACUUAAUAUUUCCGUUAAAAAAGGUCAUUUUCAAAUAUUUUUAUUGUUUUAAAAAGUCAUUCUGAGAACUUUAAUAAAAUUUGUUGAAUUCAGUAAUGGUGAAACUCAAAUCUGAAAUAUUGAUCAAAUGUGCAUUAUUUGUCAGUGUUAUUGUACAAGAUUUAAAUGCAAGAUUUUUAAUUGAAGAUUUUCUCAUUUUUCAUUCUGUUUUUGACCAUUGGGUACAAUUGUUGAAAUAAAACCAUAAAAAGAUUUUAUUUCAAAUUUAUUCCAAGCACUUUCAAGGACCUAAGUUUGUUUUUAAGCACUAAGUAAUACAUAAGUUUGAAAUUCAAGUACCUUUGAGUACUUUCAACAACGUGGGAACCCUGUAAAUACUGUAGCAAGGGUCAUGAAACCCAGAGCCCAGAUAAGGAACCAAAUCCUCAAAAAUAUCAGCAGUGGUGCAAAUGUAAUUUUAUUUAAUUAGGAAUACAUUUCUACGCAAAAAAAAUAAAAAUAAAAUAACUGCUCUGUCCCAAUUCGUACUCUGUCCUUCCUGAAUAACACUCAAAAAUAGAGUUAGUAUGUCUCAAAUCAUAUAGUGUAUGGUCUAAUUCUGUCUAAUAACUGCUAAUUUGCCCACAAUAUAUUGCACAUUGGAUGUAAAUUUGACUAAAAAUGCUGGUAAAUUUUUUUAACAAACUGCAAAUAUUGUGUAUGUACAAGACUGACGGUUAAGUGGAGAGGCUUAGAUAUAGAUGUUUGAAUGAUUGUUAAGUAAUAGCUAACCUACUGGAAUACAUUUAUUUCACAUUUUUCAGUUAUAUUUCCUCUGCAGCAACAGUGUGACUUUUAUAACAACGUGGAUUUUGGUUUUUAUCUUCUGAAUGCAUAAUUAUGCAAACACUUGAGAUAUUUCUUUGGAUGAAAUAAUCACGAAGGGCAGAUUAAACUGCUGCUGCUUUUCUAACAUGGUCAGAUGUUAAAUAUAAAAAAAAUUGAUUGACAGGGCAUAACUAACAGUGGUAACUAAGCAACAGAAUGGUCUGUUAAUGAGGAAGUUGUGUUAACUCUUCGGUUACGCAAUCAAAAGUAUGUACUUCUCAAAAAGUAAAUAUUUUUAAGGACUUUAGGUAGGUGACUUGACACACAGCAAAUAAUUUUUCAACAAACAGUUUCUUCUCUUCGCCGUCAGUUCAUGAUGCACAAGCUUAUGUUCCACACAAUCCCUUCAUGUCAUCCCAAUGAUAAUUAAGUUAACUUAAUUUUUUUUUUACAAUUUUAAGUUGAUUGAGUAUAAAACAAUUGAUCUGUCCUAAAAACUCAUUUUGAAUAAGUAGUUUGAAAUAGCAGUUCUCAAUUCAAUUCACCUUUAUUUGUGUAGCGCUUUUACAAUGUAGAUUGUGUCAAAGGAGCUUCACAUAAAAGGUCAUAGUAAAUUGGAACAGUGUAGUUCAGUUUGUAGUGUGCUAUGCAGCUUUCACUGCUAUGCAGAUGAUACUCAAUUAUAUAUUUCAACUAAACCUGAUGAGAUGUCUAAACUGUCUAAGCUAACUGAGUGUAUUAAAGACUGGAUGACCAACAAUUUUCUUCUUUUAAACUCAGACAAAACAGAAUUAUUACUUAUUGGGCCUAAAUCCUGUACACAGAAGAUCUCGCAACUCGAUCUGCAAUUAGAGGGAUACAAAGUUAGCGUUAGCUCUACUAUAAAAGAUCUGGGUGUCAUAUUAGACAGUAAUUUAACUUUUCAAAAUCAUAUAUCCCAUGUCACAAAAACUGCUUUCUUUCAUCUGAGAAAUAUCGCUAAGUUACGAAGUAUGCUAUCCAUCUCAGAUGCAGAAAAGCUAGUCCAUGCUUUUAUGACUUCUAGGCUGGACUACUGUAAUGCACUGUUUGCUGGCUGCCCAGCAUCCUCUAUUAAUAAACUUCAAUUAGCACAAAAUGCAGCUGCCAGAGUUCUUAUCAGGUCUAGAAAAUUUAAUCACAUCACCCCAAUUUUAUCCUCCUUACGCUGGCUGCCUGUUAAGUUUCGUAUUGAAUUUAAAAUAUUGCUUCUUACAUAUAAAGCUUAAAAUAAUCUAGCUCCUGUUUAUCUAACCAACCUUCUGUCUUACUACAAUCCAACUCACUCUUUAAGAUUUCAAAACUCAGGGCUUCUGGUAGUACCUAGAAUAGCAAAGUCUCAUUUAUGGCUCCUAAACUCUGGAAUAGCCUUCCUGAUAAUGUCCGAGGCUCAGACACACUCUCCCAAUUCAAAACUAGAUUGAAUAAUAAUAAUAGAUA